UCAGAAGAUGGCGCUGAUACACGAAUUUUUAGCCUAUCUUUGUCUUCCCACUAUUUCCUUUCUUUAUCUACUUGUUCUUGCCGCGUGACCAUAACGAAGUAUAAAUUAGUCAAUAAAAUAUCUAAAUUUUAAUGAACUUCGGAUUUCAUGUCAUAAUCAAAAUAUUAUAAAAAUUUUGAAAGUAAUUUUUGUAAUAAAAAAUUUAUUCAUUUAAAUUAUAAAGGAAAACAAUUGUUUUGAGUUUCAUAUAUUUGACAUUUUUGAGUAGUCCAUGUCUUUCCCAUGAGGUGUUUAGUGCAAAACUAGAACAUUGAAUAUCUUGAUCUUUCUUAUUGUUUAAAUUUAUUAUAUAUUUACUGAAUAAGCACUUUUUAUUAAAUCAACAUGCCGAAAAAUAAAGGAAAAGGAGGUAAAAAUAGGAGAAGGGGAAAAAACGAAAAUGAAACUGAAAAAAGAGAAUUAGUUUUUAAGGAAGAUGGACAAGAAUAUGCACAAGUCACAAAAAUGCUUGGUAAUGGAAGGUUAGAAGCAAUGUGCUUUGAUGGUGUAAAAAGAUUGUGUCACAUUCGUGGAAAAUUACGGAAAAAAGUAUGGAUUAAUCAGGGAGAUAUAAUAUUAAUUGGUUUGCGAGAUUAUCAGGAUGCAAAAGCAGAUGUUAUAUUAAAAUAUACAUCAGAUGAAGCUCGUAAUUUGAAAACAUAUGGUGAAUUCCCAGAAACUGUUCGCAUUAAUGAUACUGUCACCUUUGUGGAAGAUGGUUUUGAUGAAGAUAUUGAAUUUGGUGAUGAAAUUAGUGAUGAUGAUGAAGAUGAUGUUGACAAUGUAAGUAUUUAAGAUUUCAACAUUUUGAUUCAUAUUUUCAACAAUAAGAUUUAUAAAAUAUUAUUUAAAAAGAAAUUUAAUAUGUUCUUAUUUUUUUUAUAUUCUAUAAUUAUAAUAUUUGUAAAUAAAAUAAUAUUUUUAACUUUAUAGAUCUGAUGAUCUUCAGUAUAAAUAUACUUUAAAGAUAUGGUACAAGAGUGCAUGAAGACAUCUAUUUGUUUUACAAGAUAUUAUCAUUUGUUGUGUAAUUAAGAUAUUGAAAUUUUUUGAAAUAAGUAGUCAAUUUUCUGUAUCUAUAAAUAAAUUUUCACUUGUCUGUGUAA